CGCAAGGCGCCGGCGUGGACGCCAGCGGCCUGUUUCGCCAGUGGCUGACGCAUUGGUCUCGGAGCAAGCACGGGAGCAUGAUCAGUUGCCUCCAGUCCCAACACGCCAAGAUGAGCAAGACGGACAGUCUGGACCGUCAGGCGUCCGAGAACAUGGCCGACUUCGCGGGAUCACUGGUGUCGCACGCGGCGUUCAGAGAGCUUCCCGAGCACCAGCGCUGCGUCACGGUGCCCGGCGGCGGCUCCGCGCUCAACUUGACCGGCGAGCAGCUGUACUUCGUGUCCCGCUGCGUCAUGUGGUCCACGGACAGCGUCUGGCGCGACUACAGCGGCGGCAAUCACGCCGCGUACCGCGCGAGGUGCGACGUGCCCGCCAUGAACCUGCCCGGCUUUGGCGAAGCCUUCAACUGUGCGCCGGGCUCCAGGAUGAACCCCGUGGAUAAAUGCGCCUUCUAGAAGGAGGCUCCGCGGGGGAUCGCGACGCCGCCCUCGACAACAAAAGUUGUAUUUGCAAAAGCCCCUAUAGAGAAAAAGUUUAUUGCGUGAUGCCGGCAAGAACAAAGAUUUCGAUGCAGUGCGAUCUUUUAUUUCUUGCGAACCACUUGCAGAGAGUGCUGUCGGUGGCAACAUUGAUUUACGAAGGUUUUUAGACCUUCUGCGCACUGCAAUGACACAGUAGAGUGCUGCAAGUGUGAAAAGAAAAAGUAAGCAUAUCGUUCUCGCGCAAAUAAAUACAACAAUGGCGCUGAUAGUUGAGUUUUGUCGAAUGCCACUUGGUGACCUUUGUGAGCAUUAUUGUUCAAGUCCCAGGCACGGUGAAAAGCCCACGCCGACGGCCGGCAAUUAGCAGGAAAACCUCGUUGGUAGAGGCAUAACACCUCGUAUCUUCUUUAUAUCUCGCUAUCCCAGAGCGUCACAGUCGACUAUCCACAAGACCCGUUUCACCACCUGAUGACCCACAUCCCACUAGCCUCCCCUCCAAAAUUAGACUGAACUUUAAUGCACGGUUAGGGCAUCGCACUUUCAGCGGAACCUCUGUAUGUGUGUGCGUUCCUUCGCUAGUCUGCACACGCUGCUUCCGCGGAUUCCCCCUUAAAUAUGACCGAACUGUGGAUAGCAGUAGCGCAUUUAUGAAUAAUAUCCAUGUAACUGGAUGUCUCCGACAAAACAUAGGGGUACUACAGAGGUAGGCUUCUACUCAAUGAUACCUUUAGUGUGGAAAAGCCAGCUUUAAUAGAAGUUGGGUUUCUGUAUACUUUUUUUUUUUGUGAUUUGUUAAUAAUAAUUUGUUAAGGUAAAAUAUUAGUGGCGUUAGAAGCUUGCCAGCGAUUAGCCGUUUUCUCCACACAUUCCUACGUGCUCUCUGACCGUGCUUGGAAACCACUCGCCCCCGUGCUCUUCCUCACACCUCGUCUCGGGUGAGUGCUCCGCCUUCCUUUAUUGAUGGCACCUCGCCCUCAUUAAUG